AUGGUUACGCGAAUACUCGCACCUGGCGCGCAUUCAGAUGAGGCAGAAUGCCGCCUGUUCAAUCUCUGCUUCCAUCAUUUCGACGACCCAGCCGCCGCGAAGGUGCUAAGAAGUGCGAUUCAAUCCUCGGAUGCGUUUGUAAUCUUUGAAAUGACCCAUGGCACGGCCUCGGCCUGUCUGAACAGUACUUUCAUCACCGUAUCUCCUCUGCUGACCACUUUGUUGUGGUUCCGGAGCUCGCCGCUCCGCCUGUUUUUCAACUAUAUCUUUCCGCUGGUGCAGUUGUUCUUCGCAGUUGAUGGCUACGUGUCCUGCAUCCGCAGUAGGACGCCGGAGGAGAUCACUACCCUGAUCCGCCAGCAAAAGGACCUGGACAAGUGA